AAAGAAAAGGAAAAGGAAAAAAAAGAGAAAAAGGAGAAAGAUCAUAAAUCAAAACAGAAAAAGAAGAAGAAAAAAAAGAAGAAAUCUAAACAGCACGAUUAUUCAGAUUAUGAAGAUAGUUCUGUUGAAUUCUUGGACAGGUGCUCCUCUCCAUUAACACGGUCCUCAGGGAGCUCUCUGACUUUGCGCAGCAUGUUCUCAGAGAAGAAUACAUCAUACCAGUAUCCAAGAGCUAUCUUGUCUGUUGACCUUAGUGGAGAAAACCUUUCAGAUGUGGAGUUCUUGGAUGAUUCCUCUACAGAGAGUUUGUUACUUAGUGGUGAUGAAUACAAUCAGGAUUUUGAUUCAACUAACUUUGAAGAGUCUCAGGAUGAAGAUGAUGCUCUCAAUGAAAUUGUUAGAUGCAUUUGUGAACUGGAUGAAGAAAAUGGCUUUAUGAUUCAGUGUGAAGAGUGCUUAUGUUGGCAGCACAGUGUAUGCAUGGGACUGUUAGAGGACAGCAUUCCAGAGCAGUACAUCUGUUACAUCUGCAGAGAUCCGCCAGGUCAGAGGUGGAGUGCCAAAUAUCUUUAUGAUAAAGACUGGCUAAACAAUGGACACAUGUGUGGAUUAUCAUUUUUGAAAGAAAACUACUCUCAUCUUAAUGCCAAAAAGAUUGUGUCAACACAUCAUCUACUGGCAGACGUAUAUGGUGUAACUGAAAUACUCCACGGACUGCAGUUGAAAAUUGGGAUAUUAAAAAAUAAGCAUCACCCAGACCUUCAUCUCUGGGCUUAUUCGGGGAUGCGAAAAGAACAGGAACAAAUAACUGUUGGGGUAGAGAAAAAAUUAGUGACUUUGCCAGAUGCUGUUAAUCCAACUGAAAGGACGUGUCACAGUCAAAACCAUAAAGAGCCGCCCAGUAUACCCCAGAAGAUGGAAGAAACAUACAUCACAAGUGAGCACAGUUACCAAAAACCACAGUGUUUUGGUCAAGACUGCAAAGCAGUCACUGACCCUAUGAGCUCAGAUGAUGAAGAUACAAGUAGUUUUGAGGAAGAUCAGGAAUUUCACACAGAGAAUAAAAACUGUUUACAAUAUUCUUUUAAAGAUGAUGGCGUGAAUCAGCAGAAUUCUCCUGAAGGAAACACUGUGUUUGUUUGUAAUGAAAGAAAAGGCUCAGAAGAACAAGUUGACACACAUCUUCAAUGGCAGCUAAAUCUCCUUACCCAUAUAGAGAAUGUACAGAAUGAAGUCACCAGCAGAAUGGACCUGAUUGAAAAAGAAGUUGAUGUUUUAGAAAGCUGGCUUGAUUUCACUGGAGAACUGGAACCACCAGAUCCUCUGGCAAGAUUGCCUCAGCUCAAGCGACGUAUCAAACAGCUCUUAAUUGACAUGGGGAAAGUACAGCAAAUAGCAACGCUUUGCUCUGUAUGACAAAAGGAAGAAUAAAGAAAUAAAAAUAGGUUCUUUACAGUGAAUUUUCUUACUAGCCACACAAGACUGACAGGAAGACAGCAGAAAGCUGAGCAUUUAUCGGGUUCUUUGCUGAUUACAUUAAUAGCCUGAAGCGUUAGAGACAGGAGAGGAAAUCUAGAGUAAGGAAGGAAUCUGUUAUAUUGAAAAUCUGAAUAUUCAAUGUCCAAGCUUCAAAAUGUAGUAUAUUACAUACUGA